AUUUGGAUAGGCAGCCCAAUUUUAUAUUAAUACAGGAAUUCCUUAUUUACCAUAUGUCCUUUGGCCAUGAAUGCAGCACAAUACAUAAACGUACACUUGCAACAUUCUCGCAUGGAGUGAUUCAUGUUGUCCUACAGCCCGUUCCCAAAAAAAAAAAAAAAGACAAGCGCAUUUCGUAGUCAUAAGUCAAGCCUAGACAUGCCGGAUUCUGGAUCGAGUGAACCCGGUUCGAAGGUUUCGGACCCACAACAUUCCCAGAAACUUCUUAGGGUCCUUCGCAUCUUCUGGCAAGAGCAAAGUUUCCACGAUGCGCUGCUGGUGGUUGAUGGAGAGGAGCUUCCUGUCCAGAAAAACAUCCUGGCUGCUGCCAGCCCUUAUAUCAGGACCAAGCUGAACUACAAUCCUCCAAAGGAGGAUGGGUCUACAUACAGAAUCGAGCUGCAGGGGGUCUCCAUGCCCAUCAUGAAACAGAUCCUGGACUACAUCUUCAGCGGUGAAAUCACUUUGAGUGAAGAGACCAUCCAGGACAUGGUGCAGGCAUCUGACCUGCUUCUCAUGACUGACCUCAAAUCCCUGUGCUGCCAGUUCUUAGAGAGCUGCAUCACUGCAGAGAACUGCAUCGGCAUCCGGCUCUUCUCUCUGCACUACUGCCUUUACCACGUCCACUAUGCCGCCACCGAGUUCCUGCAGACACAUUUUGGCGAUGUGGCGCUCACUGAGGAGUUCUCGGAGCUGCUCCCGGACCGGCUCUGUGAGGUGCUGGCUAUGGAGAAGUUGAACGUGGGCAACGAAAAGCACGUGCUGGAGGCUGUGGUGCGAUGGUUCGCGCACGACCCAGAGGAUCGCAGGGUACACAUGAAGGAAGUGAUGUCUGCAGUAUGGCUGCAGGGCCUGGACGUGAGCUACCUGAGAGAGCAGGCCAUGGGGGAACCACUGAUGAGGGAGGUGAUCAGAGAGUACUGUCAGCCGGUGCUGGGAGAUGGCCAGCUGCAGGGUGAGGCUCUGCUCGCUGCCUUCAAACCCAGAGGUUACUCAGAGUGUAUAGUUAUCGUUGGAGGAGAGGAUCGCAAAAACCGGAAGCCGACUGCUGUGACACGCUGCAUGUGUCCGCUCUACGACACCAACAGACAGGCCUGGAUCGAGCUGCAGCCAAUGAGUGUCGCCCGCCUCAACCACGGGGUGGUCGCUGCCGAGGGUUUUCUGUUUGUGAUGGGCGGAACAGAUGAACACAACACAGUCCUGGACAGUGGAGAGAAAUAUGACCCUGACUCCAACACCUGGAGCCCCAUACCCCCAAUGCUACAGGCACGUCAGAACUUUGGUGUGGUGGAGCUGGACGGUCUGAUCUACGUUCUCGGAGGAGAGAACGAAGAAACACAGCUGAUCACUGUUGAAGUUUUUGACCCUCACUUCAGUACCUGGAGAAUGCAGACCAGUAUGACCAUGAUCCGCAAGGUCGGCUGCUAUGCCUCCAUGAAUAAGAAGAUCUAUGCCAUGGGUGGGGGUUCCUAUGGGAAGCUGUUUGACUCUGUUGAAUGCUUUGACCCCAAAACCCAGCAUUGGACGGCCCUCUGUCCUCUGAAAGAGAGAAGGUUUGGUUCGGUGGCGUGUGGUGUCGGCCAGGAGCUCUACGUGUUCGGUGGAGUUAGAAGCCAAGAGCACGACAACCCUGAGCAAAGACAAAUGAUGACCUGCAAGUCUGAGUUCUAUCAUGAUGAGAUGAGGAGGUGGAUGUUCCUGGAUGACCAGAACCUGUGUAUCCAGACCAGCUCAUCAUUCGUUUACGGUGCUGUGCCCAUCGGAGCCAGCAUCUAUGUAGUGGGAGACCUGGACACAGGAACAAGCUUUGACUACAUCCGGGAGUUUCGGCGCAGCACCGGGACGUGGCAUCGCACCAAGCCUAUGUUACCCACCGACCUCUCCAAAACAGUCUGCGCCGCACUGCGCAUCGCUAACUGUCGACUGUUCCGCCUCCAGUUGAGCCAGGGCAUGUUCCGAAUCAGAGUCUGACUCCACUUUUGCACACUGGUACUUUGUACUUGCUGUAGGUCUGGGUUUAGGGAUUUUAUGAGCAAACGUGUAUUAUAGUCGCUAGAUGUUGAGGAUUGUGACUCUCCGUUCAGGGGUUUAUUCUCAAGACCCUUUUGCUGUAUUUUUUUAUAAAUCUAAAUAUUAUUUUCUUUUUAAUGUGGGAUUUUAUCAGUUUUUGCUUUUUAUUUUAAUGGACAUUCUUCAUUUGUAAUGUUUACUGGUAAUCUGUUGCUUGGUGAGGGAUUUUAGAUGUAAACAACACUUGAUAAAUUAACUACCACAAUAUUACAUGAGGGAUUAUGAUGCACAUUUUAAAAAGAUCAUUUUAGGAUCUAUUGUGUUGUUUGAUGGUGUAUUGUUCAUCUUUCUGGCCAAAUGUAGACAACAAUAUUUUUUCCAGACAUUUGCAACAGCUGCAGUGGAGGUUAAGUGUAGAAAAUCUUUCAGUUAUCUAAAUCUUCAGUGAGACUUUGAUGUCAGUCCUUUUUAGAAUCCGCAAGCAAGCGGACAUUUUGCAGCAGUCACAUGGGGAGAAAUCCACUGUUCAAGGCAGAUACCCGUACCACCUUUCUCUAUUGCUACUAGCCUCGGUAUAGACCAGAAUGCAAUGCAACCACAAGACAAGGCAUUUUGACUAAAGGCCCCUACACACUGCGCAGUAACAGUGAUCUUAUGGGUUCACUGCAUGUCGCUCUGAUAAAAUCUUGGUCGCAAUCUGUGUCAGACUAUACAGUAUCACCGUGUGAUUAAUGCGUGGUGAAUCGUAGUUCUACAAUGUAAAUAGAAAAAAAAUCUGUGCCACUUUCUGGUUUUAAAAUGCAGCAAAACAAAAAACCAAGCUGUGGCCCACAGAGUGGGCACUGUCUUUGUUUUUAUUUGAAGCUAUAUUCAAAAAGUGGUGCUGACAAAUUGGUCAGCCAGUGUAUUCUGCUUUACUUUAUGUUGUAUUUUGGUAGGUUUGUAGAUGUGGGUCGUAGUCACAUCGUGAGAAUUUGAUCCUAAAUUUCUGACUGACUCAAAUGGCAAAGUUCCCUAGAUACCAUAGGAAUUAUGUCUGUUGUCCAAGUAGCGUGAGAUUUUUAUAAAGCCAUUAAGUCCACAGAGGGAGGACGAGGUCGGGUGGAUGGAUGACUCAACAAUUCGUCUGACUUUAGUUUAGUUUUGAAGGCACGCACUAAUGAUGUCCUGCUGAUGGGGGAAUCAAAUCAGAAAAUGACUAUAUGUGUUAUUCUGGAGGGCAAUCACAAACCACGUAUAUUGUUGUAUUAUUUGGAGGACUUGUUGGCUGUUUUUGGUCGUCACAGCUCUAAGUUGGCCGUCAGUAGACAUAAUUGUCACUUUCGUCUUGGACAGUCCAAAACCUCUGCUCUGCCCAGAUGCACUGCAUUAACUGAGUGUUUGCACGUUAGAGCACAAGCACUUUACUUGACAGUCAGUUUUUAUCGUUGACCAAGCUGUCUGGGCCCAGCCUGUUCAGAAAUAGAUGUGGCUGCGAGUGACACUCUUGAGUUGCUGGAUGUGUUGCUGCCUUUGUGACCUCUGACAUGGCUUUCCAGUCAGUACAGUUUUGGCAUCCCUUGACCCCAUUUGUUCUGUGUGAGUUACAGCUGCUGCUGUCUGUCCUUGGCUCAGGGGCAGCACAUACAAAGUAGACACACACUCAGUGGAGCUCAUGGAGUGUUGAUACAAACGCACCUCUCAUAAUAUCAGAAAGGCAAUACAACUCACACACACAUCAAAGACACUUACAGGGUUGAAACUGACGUCUGACCAAUAAAGGCCAAUACAAAGUAAUUAAAUUGUAAAAUUCCAUGUUCUUGCUACAAUGGUAAGUAAUCAUGGCAUACAAAAACUUGAGAUAAUCUUAUACAUUUUAAACAAAUAAUGUACAUUUGUGUUCUGUUGCAUUAGAAUCAGUUGGAAUUAGUGUAGUACAUCACCUCUAUAAUAAUUAAUAAUAUAAUAAUGUAAGCAAACUAUUAUGUUAAUAUGUAACACAUAUUGCUUAUGUAAAUAACACAAUUUGGAAUCGAAAUCUAAACAAACCCCACCACCAAAAUUCAAAACCCAGGAUUUUAUAACUCUCAAACUAGGAGAGACAGCACCCUGUUGCACUAGCUGAACCUAACAUUGAUCCUCAGUUUGAGUGUAAAGUCAACAUUAACAAUAUAUUAACAAUAUAUACAACUAGAACUAAACUUGCCACUUUGUUCAGGUGCACCAUUUCUACCUAGUCUAAAACUUCACUAAGUCAACCGUGAUCAAAAUAUUGUUAAGGAGAGUGACGUCCCAUCCUGUGCAUCAUUCAGGUAAUAUGAAAAAGAAAGCCACUACCAACUUGUAACAGAAAUACCUACAAUAGACUGUUCAAUUAAAAUAGAGAAAGUAAUGUAUGCGCUCACAUGUGAACUAGCUAACAUAUGAUAAUACACCUGUUUGUCUGUUAAACAUCACAUCAUCAGUCAUUCAAAGAAAAUGUAUUGAUUGCUUCUGUUGUACUUUGAUGUUUUGUUUUUUUGUUUUUUUACAAAGGUGAAGAUAGCUGUAUCACACACAUGGUUAUAAAUGGUGACAACAUCAGUAUGCUGGAAAACUUCCAUCUUGGUGAAAAGAUUCUGCUGAAGGCAACUCCUAAACUGUUAAAGGUACCCUGUGCCAAUACUAAGCAUUCUUUCAGUGUCAUCAUAAAUCUAAAGAGAUGUAGUCUGUUAAAGGAAAUGUCCUCCCUGUAUAAAUAUCGAUAGGGAGGUGUCAAUUUUAAGUUCUGUCUUAACUCUGCGUUGUAACUACUGUAACUUGUAUGGUGCAACUUGAUUUACUAAGUCUAGUAUAAUGUAAUGUCAAACCUAAGCUACGAACUUAAACACAGCUGGUGCAAUAGGCUGCAGGUCUUACAUACGCGGACCAACAUUAGCCAACAAUUACAUUUAAGUGUUUAAUCUUUUCUGUUGUAAAUGGUUUGUUGACAUCAGUAAUGAUGUCAGUACAGCAGGAAAACAGGAUUUCAUUAUGAAUUAUGAUCCAUUUAUUUCAUAUAGCAAAAUUCUAUAUUUUGUUAUAGGAAGGUCAGUAUUGGUCAGUAUUGCCACUGUGUCACACCCCAGUUGAAACAUAUGUGUCAGAAAAAGAACAAUUCUCAUACAGUAUGUUUACACUGAUAUGACGUACCAGCUGAAAAAAAGGAUUUCCUGAAGCUCGUCGUCACGCUCUAAGACACUACAAAGCAGCAGGACCAGUCUGCUGAGGCCGGACUGUGAAUAUUGUGCUUCCUUAUUUUUGCACACUUAACAUUCCAUAGUGUGUCAUCAUUUACAGUAAAUACUACAUUAAGUUUCCGAGCUGCUUUGUAUCCUAAACAACGCUUGUUCUCACAUGUUAACACCUUAUGACUGUCUGUGUUGUGAUACACUGGAACACACCAUAAGGGGAAAUAAUAAACUGAAAAUAGUCUAGCUGUAACCAAAGUCAUGUUGUGAAAGAUGGGGAGUGAAACUGCUGUUUCAAGUUUGUACUUUUGUAUCUGAUGCAUGAGGAGGUUUUGUAAGAUGUUACCCAUGAGUGUCAUUCAUUUACAUCGCUGGAAUUAAAACUCCAGUGGUCAAUGCCA